UAUCCACGCACGGAACGUCACAAAGCAUGGGCGGUUUUGUGAGCAAGCAGCUAGCUUGUGCAGUAGUUUGUGAAUUCACUGUAAUUUGUGUUCUUAGUGUUGCUACAAAAGUAUGUGGUCAGCAGAUACAAUUGCUAAACUUUGUUACGAUCAUUUCCGUAACUUGCCCAAAAGAGGAAAGCCGGAGCUAGGUAGAGAGUGGACACUUCUGGCAGCUGUAGUGGAACUGCACCAGAAACCCAAUGAAGAGGAGAUGAAGGUUGUGUCUUUGGGAACUGGAACGAAAUGCAUUGGACGUGCUGCAAUGAGUCCUAAGGGAGAUAUUCUGAAUGACAGCCAUGCUGAGGUCAUCGCCAGGAGAGGGUGUGUCAGGUACCUGAUAGAGCAGCUGAGACUUGCAGUGUCUGGAGAGACCAGCUCAGUGUUCUGCCCGGCGGAGGAGCUGGGCAAAUGGAAAGUGCAUCCUGAAGUGUCUUUUGUGUUUUUUACCAGUCACACUCCAUGUGGAGAUGCGUCCAUCAUUCCCAUGAUGGACAGCCCAUCACAGCCUUGUCCACCUGUGAGGGAGGAGGACAGUGAGGGUGAAGGCAGGGAUGCACCAGAGACAGCCCUGAAACGCAGAGCAGAGAGGCAAGAGGACCAGGCCAACAAGCGCCUUAGGGCAGAGGGGGAGAGACGCCACCAUCUUGGAGGCCCAGACAAGGAGAUGAACGCUGGGUCUCCUCCACAACUGGAGAAUGUACAUCCCGCGGAAGACUCAUCCGAGCCAUUGGAGACGGAGACUCACACAAGACAAGGAGAGGAUGCUGGGGAGCACCCGGCUCCAGACAUCCAUCGCACCGGUGCCAAGUGUGUUCCUGGAGAGACCUCUGACCCAAAGGAGCCGGGCAUCUGUUACCAUAGCACAGGGGUGCUGAGGGUGAAGCCAGGCCGUGGGGAGCCCACCCUGUCCCUCUCGUGUAGUGACAAAAUGGCCCGCUGGGCCAUACUGGGCUUCCAGGGAGCCCUUCUGAGCCACUACCUGCAGGGGGCAAUCUAUUUCACCACAGUAAUCACUGGCAAGUGUCCAUACAGCCAACACACAAUGCAGCGAGCAUUGUGCGACCGGUGCUCCCAGGUGACCGGUCUGCCAGCUGGCUUCUCAGUGCACCCCCCUGAGCUAGUGCAGUCCAGCCUGGAGUUCAGCCACAGCCUGGCACAGACCCAGCACUCGCACCAGAGCAGCCAGGGCAGAGUUUCACCCUGUGGAGCAGCAAUUAGCUGGUGUGCUGUUUCCAACCAGCCACUAGAUGUCACUGCAAAUGGGUACAAGCAAGGGAUGACCAAGAAGGCUGUGGGCACACCACAGGCAAGGUCUCGUAUCUCAAAAGUUGAGCUGUUUCACGCUUUCCAGACUGUUGUGACCGCAACUCCAAACGCCCAGCUCCCAGCCUCACUCAGGGAGAGGGAGCUGCAGACGUACUGGGACUACAAGCAGGCUGCUGGCGCAUACCAGCAGGCCUGGCUGCAGCUGCGUGCGCAGGCCUUGCCCUUGUGGCUGCGCAGUCCUCGAGAGCUGUUGCAGUUCCGCUGAGGAGGAGAUUCCCCCCCGACAGGCUGAGUGAGGACGAUGGCCCCUCGCAGUCGGGGGGUUGUUGUUGGGGCUGGAAGCCGAGCACAACGUCGUUUCUUCUGCCGGAGGGGAAUCGAGGACACGGCCAAACACAGAUGUGCAUGAGAAACAGCGAUCAAGAGACAUGUCAGGCCAACUUCAGAUGCGCUUGGAGGACACGGCUGCUUGGAGGGCCAGAGCCGGACACACAGCUGGGGUGUGAUGAGUGGACUAAAGUGGACAGCCAACAACAGCACAGUGGAACAGCUGGGUGACCUCAGACAUCCCCCCGUACACAUAACCCUUUGCACCAGGGUAACAAACUGACUCUCCUACUGAUUAAGAGUUUACAGCGAAAGGAUAUUUUUUAUGGGGAGUUUAAUUCCAGAGCACUGUUGACUUUCCGUCAGUGAACCCUGUCUUAUCUAAUGGGUUCAAAUAUGUUGAAACGUAAACA